AUGCUGGUGGGGACGAUAAUGAGGAAAAUCAAAUCUCGUACCUGGAAGAAGCAGCGCUACUUCAAACUGCAGGAUGACUUCAUGACCAUCUGGUACAAGUCCAAGAAGGCUGGCAACAAACACUCCACAUUUUCAGUGAGCGAUUUGGAGGCAAUACGAGAGGGCCACCAGUCAGAGGUGCUCCUCAGCAUCGCCGAUGAGUUCCCAGCUGACCGAUGCUUCACGCUGGUAUUCCGCGGGCGCAGGGGCAACCUGGACCUGGUGGCUGAGUCCUCAGAGGAAGCACAGUCCUGGGUCAGAGGCAUGAGGAAGCUGAUUGAGAACCUUGAGAACAUGGGGGAGCGGGAGAAACUUGACCAAUGGAUUGGUGACUGGUUCAAGAAGGCAGACAAGAACAACGAUGGCAGGAUGAACUUCAAGGAAGUGCAAGAUUUACUGAAGAUGAUGAAUGUGGACAUGAACGAGCAGCAUGCUCAUCGUCUCUUCACAACGGCCGAUAAGUCCCAGACGGGGACACUGGAGGAUGACGAGUUUGUGCUUUUCUACAAGAUGUUGACCCAGCGAGACGAUGUGCUGAGGGUUUUCCAGGAGUUCUCCUUUGAUGGCCAGAAGUUAUCCAAAAGAGACUUGGAGGACUUUCUGAGAGAUGAGCAGCUGGAAGGGGGCGACAUCCAGCUGCACGCCAAGCAGCUCAUUGAGCGCUACGAGCCCUCUGACACAGCCAAGCUGCUGAAUGCCAUGACGUUUGACGGUUUCUUGAUGUACCUCGGCUCAGUUGAGGGCUCCAUCUUCAACCCACAGUGGCUGGGCAUCUUCCAGGACAUGAGCCAGCCGCUGUGCCAUUACUUCAUCUCCUCCUCGCACAACACCUACCUGAUGGAGGACCAGCUCCGAGGGCAGAGCAGUGUGGAGGGAUACAUCAGGGCUCUGAGUCGUGGCUGUCGGUGUGUGGAGGUGGACUGCUGGGAUGGUGCCAACGGAGAGCCCAUCGUCUAUCAUGGACACACGUUUACCUCCAAGAUACUCUUCAAGGAUGUGGUCACCGCAGUUGGCAACUAUGCCUUCAAGGCAUCGGAAUAUCCAGUCAUCCUGUCAAUCGAGAACCACUGCGGUGUUGAGCAACAGAGAGUCAUGGCCCAACACCUCAACCACAUCCUCGGGGACAAGCUGCUGAAAAGCACACUAGACGGCAAGGCCCCCAGCAUGCUGCCGUCUCCUGAGGAUCUGAAGGGGAAGAUCCUGCUGAAGGCGAAGAAAAUCGGUGGUCUGGAGGAGAGCUUCAACGAGAUGGCGGAAGACUCUCAGACUGGAGAGCUCAGUGAUGAAGACGAGGUGGCUGACAUUGAAGAAGAGAACCAGCACAGAGAGAGUGUCCGUCGCUCGUCGAAGCAGCGUCUCUCCAAGGAGCUGUCAGACUGUGUGGUUUACUGCAAAAGUGUCCACUUCAGUAACUUCAAACACUCCCUCAUCCACUCCAAGUUCUACGAGGUGGCCUCCUUCACUGAGUCCAAGGCCCGGAAACACCUGAGAGAGGCUGGGGCGGAUUUUGUGCACCAUAACUCACGGCAGCAGACCAGGGUUUAUCCCAGCGGCUUCAGAACGGACUCCUCCAAUUUCAACCCUCAGGAAAUGUGGAAUGUUGGGUGCCAAAUUGUUGCGUUGAACUUCCAGACUGCCGGGGAAGGGAUGGAUUUGAAUGACGGACUGUUUCGUCAGAAUAACAGCUGCGGCUACGUCCUGAAGCCCAGAUUCAUGAGAGAGGCAGAGAAAUUUGACCCUGAGACACCUCACGAACGGGAAGGCUACCAGCCUGUCGUCCUAACCAUACAGGUGAUCAGUGGUCAGCAGCUGCCCAAAGUCAACAUAAAGGAGGGUUCCAUCGUGGAUCCUCUGGUCAGAGUGGAGAUCCACGGUGUUCCCAUGGACCAGGCCAAGCAGGAGACCAGAUACAUCGAUAACAACGGGUUUAAUCCUGUGUGGUAUGACACUCUGGGCUUCACCAUCCACACUCCUGAGCUGGCCAUGGUGCGCUUUGUAGUGGAAGACUAUGACAAGACAACCAGAAAUGACUUUGUGGGCCAGUAUACACUCCCUCUGAUCUGCAUGCAGCAAGGUUAUCGUCACAUUCACCUUUUGUCCAGAGAUGGAACCAGUAUUCCCCCCUCCUCCUUAUUCGUACACGUCAGGAUCACAGAAAAAGGCAUGCACAUAAAAAAAAUAGCUCAGAGUGUCUUACAGAAUCCUGUUAAAGCCCUGGGACAGAGCUCCUUCCCCUCUGGGAUCUUCUCCAGCACUCACAUAUCUCCAGAGGCCCUGGUACAGACUCUGAAGCUAGAAGAAGCUCCACAUGUACCACAACCAGCUCCAGCACCUGCCAAGACAGGCCAAGAAGACAAGAAACUCAAGACAAAGAAGGAGAAGAUGAAGGAGAGGAGGGAUCGAUGGAUGAACAAGAUCAGCUCCAUCAAACUGGCGAAGGAGAAGCAGGCGUUGGAGGCCCGGCGGCAGGCCACGCCGGUGGUUGGGGACAUGAGGCCGCUGGCCGACGCCCUGCCGGAGCUCUUUGAACUCAUCGGGCCCUCCACCACGGCCCCCGCGGCGCGCCGCAAGAGCCGGAAAAACAAAGUGCCGGUGAAGAGGCCUGAGCCGACAGACUUCAGCCAGAUGAAACAGUCACAGAAACGCCGAUUCCUGGAAACGGAGAGCAGCCGGUUCGACAGCGCGGUGAAGACGCUCUCCGCCAAGAUGAACCCUCUGGCGGAUAUCGGGGAGCAGCUGAGGAAGAGGAUGAGACAGGAGGAAGAGCAGGGGCCCAGUUAA